AUGGAGUCAACCCUGAACAACGCGUCCACAGGUCCAGGGCGUGAUAUGGGCGCACUGGUUCAACCUGGCAAGAUCAAGAAAAGGAAGGACUCUACCAACGGGAAUGCGCUUGCCUGCAUCUUGUGUAGGUCGAAGAAGAUCAAGGUAGGCACUGAGUCAGCUCUAGAUGCAAACCUGAGAAUGUCGCCUCUGAUUGUGACAGUGCGAAUUUACGCCCGAUGGCUGCCAGAAAUGCAAGAAAUUGAGCAUCCCCUGCGUCUGGCCAAACGAGGACCAGCGGAAGAAUUCGUACUCAGCUGGAUUUCCAUUGACGAUGGCAGUCCGUCUUCCAAAGCCCAUAUCAAGAACCUGCAGGCGCGCAUUACACAACUUGAAGCAGCUCUCGAGGCAGCUCGUGCCGGCCAGAUCAUUUUCUCCUCUCCUCCACCUUCUGAUGAAGCUCUCUCGCCAAUCGAGCUUCGUGAUACCCCUACUCAAGUCUAUACUGCCAAUACGCACAACAAUCUCAUUUCUCGAUUAUGUCAACGACAAUCGCAGCUGAACAGCAAUGCUGAAGGACAGUAUAAGUUCUUUGGCCCAACUUCUAGUUUGCACCUCACUGAAAGUGUUUCAUUAACUAUCCUUGGAGCAUGGGGGGAAUCAUUGGUCCAUGAAGAUUUCUGGACCAUCGACGAUAUUGGUCCAGAAACACCAGACCAUCUGCUGGACCUGUAUUGGGAUUAUCAGCACACUGUUCUUCAGGUGUUACACAAAGCAACCUUUCUCAAAUGCCUGCAGACUCGACAGCCAAAGUACGUCAGCAAAGCCCUCCUCUAUUCUAUAUUUGCUUGCGCGGCACGGAUCUCGCCUCGGCCAGCAGUCAAGGCACUGGCUCUCCCAAGAGAUGACGAUUUGGACGAGGCCCAGCCCAGUCUCAUCGCCACGGCCGCGAGGUAUCUAGAAGAAGAGUUGAAGAGACCUCAAAUUACCACAAUCCAGGCCCUCCUCCUCAUAUCAGUAGUAUACUGUGCUCUGGGACGAGACACGAAAGGCUGGCUCUUGACAGGUGAUGCUUGCAGGCUAGCAAUCGACCUAGGAAUCCAUAAGACUACGACAACGACAUCGGUAAACCUUUCCCCGGAAGACAUAAACGCGCGACAGAUAACCUUUUGGGGCUGCGUUAGUAUUUGA